UUGGGUGUCCAACCCUGGCACCACCACGGCCACCAAAGGUCUGGAAUUCAUUCCCGACGUCGAGGAUCCUGGGCUGUGCCGGAACUCGGGUUUCACCAUUUCCCCCCUUUUCUCGCCCGUUUUCCCAGGCGGUUCCGGCCCCGCCGGCGCUGAGGCCGCGCCCGCCGCGGGCGGCGCCGGCGCCAUGGCCACCAAGGUGCCGAUCUACCUGAAGAGGGGCAGCCGGAAGGGCAAGAAGGAGAAGCUGCGGGACAUCCUCUCCUCGGACAUGAUCAGCCCCCCCCUCGGCGACUUCCGCCACACCAUCCACGUGGGCAGCGGCGGCGAGAGCGACAUGUUCGGGGACACCUCCUUCCUGCAGGGCAAGUUCCACCUCCUGCCGCGCCACGAGGGCGGCGCCGGCGGCGGCGCCGAGUUCUCCUUCUCGCGCACGGCCACCAUGAGCGCGGGCGAGGCGGCGGCGCCGUCGCCGCUGCUCAAAAACGCCAUCUCGCUGCCCGCGCUGGGGGGGCCGCAGGCGCUCACCCUGCCCCCGGCACAGGCCCCCCCGAAGCCCCCGCGCCUGCACCUCGACGAGGCCCCGGAGCCGGCGCCGGGCGGCGAGGCCCCGGCGGAGGGGCCCCCCCGGCUCGCGGCGCCCGCCAACGGCUUCGCCGGCGCCGACGGGGAGGAGGAGCCGCCCUUCCUGUCCCGCGCCGGGUCCCUGCUGUCCCUGCACGUGGACCUGGGGCCCUCCAUCCUGGAGGACGUGCUGCAGGUCAUGGACAAGCACCAGGCGGAGAGAGGGGGCGGCGGCGCCGUGACGGAGAUCCCGACGUGAGGGAGGAGCCGGAUCCCGCCGUGCCAACGCCAGGAGGGGCUUUGUCCUCGGCCCCCGCGGAUUCCGGACGUUCCCUCCACGUUUGGGGAGAAUCCCAACGUCCCCCCC